AUCUAUGCUAAUUGCUUAGUUAGAAUCAACACUAAAGACAAUUAGACUCACUUCAAUCCUUUAGCUACUAAUAAUGAUUCGUUAUACCAGCAAAUGCAUAUCUUUGGCUGUUGGAAGCCUUUUGUUAACACUAAUCUUGUCGCUGCAUCAGGGGAACUCCCAGUUAACUGCCAACUUCCAUGCUACAACAUGCCCAAAUCUGUCUACCAUUGUCAGCAAUGCUGUUCAACAGGCUCUGCAGUCCGAUAGCCGGAUCGGGGCUAGCCUACUUCGCCUUCAUUUCCAUGAUUGCUUUGUUAAUGGAUGUGAUGCUUCAAUCUUAUUAGACAGCAGUGGAAGCAUACAGAGUGAAAAGAAUGCUGCUCCCAACACUAACUCCGUUAGGGGCUUCGGCGUCGUCGACAACAUCAAAACUGCUGUUGAAAAUUCAUGCCCUGGUGUUGUCUCUUGCGCUGACAUUCUUGCCCUUGCUGCUCAAGCUUCUGUUUCUUUGUCAGGAGGUCCAUCAUGGAGUGUACUAUUGGGAAGAAGAGAUAGUUUAACAGCAAACCAAGGAGGAGCCAAUACUUCAAUUCCCACCCCUUUUGAAAGCUUAAGCAACAUUACUGCCAAGUUUGCUGCAGUCGGUCUGAACACUAACGAUCUGGUCGCUUUAUCCGGAGCUCACACAUUUGGUCGCGCACAAUGUCUAACAUUCAGGACUCGUUUGUACAACUUCAGUGGCACAGGCAACCCAGAUCCAACACUAAAUUCGUCUUACUUGACUACUCUCCGACAAAUAUGCCCGCAAGGUGGGAACGUAACCGUGUUAACGAACUUUGAUCCAACCACUCCGGAUAAUUUUGACAAUAAUUACUAUGUCAAUCUUCAAAACAAUCGAGGCCUCCUCCAAUCGGACCAACAACUGUUUUCAACAACAGGUGCUGCAACAGUCUCGAUUGUCAACAGUUUUAGCAGUAACCAAACUGCUUUCUUCCUAAGUUUCGCUCAAUCCAUGAUUAAUAUGGGAAAUAUUAGCCCAUUAACAGGGAGCAGCGGAGAGAUUAGAUCAGAUUGUAAGAAAGUCAACGGAAGUUAACUCUAUAAUAAGGUUGUAGUAGAAGAUUAAUCCUCAUCAUGAUCGCCUUGUAAGAGAAAAUUAAACUACUUUUGCCAACAGCUCAUUGUGUACUUUGUUGUACUAAGAGCAACCACAAUGAGUUGUUUUUAUUA